AUGUCGGCGCUUCGUUCACAACCUUUACAGCCAUUAAAUAGUGGCCAGCUCAAUGCCAGAGCUAAUAACAUUACUCCUGUCAAAUCGAUUAGACGCCCAAAGGAAAAUGUUCAACCGACAGAUCAAAAACAAAAGAAAAAGAAGGAAAAGUUAUCGGCAUUGUGUAAGACACCACCAUCUAUAGUGAGAACUAGAAAUGGACGAGACUAUCGUCGAGGAAACUUUUUGGGUGAAGGAGGGUUUGCUCGUUGUUUUCAAAUGAAGGAUGCUUCUGGUCAAAUCUAUGCCGCUAAAACAGUCGCAAAGGCCUCAAUCAAAAACGAAAAAACAAAAACAAAACUAUUAUCAGAAAUCAAAAUUCAUAAAUCUUUGAGACAUCCAAAUAUUGUUAACUUUGUUGAUUGUUUUGAAGAUGAUGUUAAUGUAUACAUAUUAUUAGAAAUCUGCCCUAAUCAAUCCUUAAUGGAACUCUUGAAAACAAGAAAAAGAGUGUCUGAACCUGAGGUCAGAUUCUUUAUGGUGCAAAUUGUUGGUGCCAUCAAAUACUUACACUCUAGACGAGUGAUUCAUAGAGAUUUAAAACUUGGAAAUAUUUUUUUCGACCCUGAAAUGAAUUUAAAAAUUGGUGAUUUUGGUUUAGCAUCUGUUUUACCUUCAACUGAUUCCAGAAAGUACACGAUUUGUGGUACACCAAAUUAUAUUGCUCCAGAAGUUUUAGGCGGUAAAAACACUGGCCAUAGUUUUGAAGUAGAUAUUUGGGCCAUUGGAAUUAUGAUGUAUGCUUUGUUGGUUGGUAAACCCCCAUUUCAAGCUAAAGACGUGAAUGUUAUUUACGAAAGAAUAAAGAAAACAGAAUACUAUUUCCCAGAAGACAAGCCAAUUUCUGAGUCUGCCAAACAAUUGAUCAAAGACUUGUUGAGCUUAAAUCCAUUACACAGACCUACCAUCGAUGAGAUAUUGCUGUAUGAUUGGUUUAAAGGUCCUUUCCCGGAUAAGACUUAUGAAGUCAGUUUGCAAACUCUUCCACCGGGCCUUGAUCAAAUCACAAGAGCUCAAUCACUGGCCAAUUUCAAGUAUGCAAAGGAUUCAGCUGGAAUCUACACACCAAAAAAUAAGAACCCAGUUGAGAUUUUGCGUGCAGAUUUGCAUUCGGAACAACCAAGAACUUUACUUCCUCUGUCACUAUCACCGAAUGAUACUAGAAACAAAUAUCAAGAGGUGGAUCCUGGCCAAUUAGGAAGACCUAGAAGAGUCAAUUUUAGCUCCAAUUUUUCAACAGCAAUCAAAAGACUCAACCAGGUGUGUUUUGAAACUUAUCAGACCAUGAGAAGAUUGGAACAUUCAAGACACGAUGAAGUCGAUGCAAGUGAAUUUCCAAAUUGCGAGAAUCCAACUUUGAUCAGCAAAUGGGUGGAUUAUUCAAAUAAAUAUGGGUUUUCAUAUCAACUUAAUAAUGACGACAUAGGAGUUUUGUUCAAUGAUGAAAACACAUUAUUGAAACGCCAUAAUUCAGAUAGAUUUUUAGAAUUGAUCUAUCAUGAAAAUGAAGGGUGGACUUGCAUUGAAAACUCUCUUGCCAACCCUCCUGCUCAAGCUAAAAGACAGUUAGAAAUUGUUGAUUUUUUUGCAAAAUACAUGAAUAGUAAUUUGUCUAAAGUCAGUGAAAUCGAAGAAAGGAAAGAAACUGUGUUUUUAAGACGCUACACCAGAACUCCUGAUUACAUAAUGUUUGAAAUGACAAACGGAAACUUUCAGUUCAACUUUAAAGACCACCAUAAGAUCUGUAUAUCGAAAACAGGGUUGGCUAUUACACAUAUCUCGCCAGGGCGUUUAACUCAAACACAACCGCUAAUUCUGGUUUUGAAACAAGGUAACUUUCAAUAUGAAGAUGUUCCUGACUGUAUAGAGAAAAUAAUGGUCAUCAAAGAAGCUAUCAAGAAAAAAGCAUUUAAAGAAGCUUAG